AUGAAGACUGAGUUGCUGUUGUCUUCGGCGCUGUCACUUCUCUUUGCCGUCGCAUCAGCUUCUGUAUACGAAGCUUAUCCUAUUAACAAACAGCUUCCACCAAUUGCAAGAGUUGACGAGGAUUUCCAGUUUAAAAUCUCUAAUGACACCUUUAAAUCAACUAACGAAGGAUCCGUUCAAAUAUCAUAUGAAUCUUCUGAAUUGCCAAAUUGGCUUUCAUUCGAUAGUAGUUCUUUGACUUUUUCAGGUAAGGUCUCUUCCGACUUCCUUGAUGAUAACGAAGAUACGAAAUAUUUCGACAUCAUACUUAAAGGUACGGAUUCAACCGAUUCCGCAUCCUUCAACACGACUUUUCAACUGGUGGCUACCAAGAAAUCAGGAAUUUCUUUAGCCGACGACUUUAAUCUAUUAAACCUUUUAAAGAAUUAUGGUUACACUAACGGCAAAGAUGCGUUGAAACUGUCUCCUGGAGACAUAUUCAACGUCACUUUCGAAAGAGAUAAUUUCGAUGUUUCGAGUAAUGAUUCUGUGGUCACUUAUUAUGGCCGUAGUUCCCAAUACAAUGCCCCACUGCCAAAUUGGGUCUUUUUUGAUGCCAACAAUUUGAAAUUUAGUGGAUCAGCUCCUGUAGUCAAUUCUGAUAUUGCCCCAGAAAUGGAUUAUUCUUUCAACCUAAUUGCAACAGACAUCGAUGGAUUCUCGGCUGCGAGUAUUAAUUUUCAAAUUGUUGUCGGGGCGCAUAGGCUAACAACAUCUAUCGAAAAUACAUUGAUAAUAAAUGUUACUGACAGCGGUUCAUUCUCUUACCCAGUGCCUCUAGACUAUGUCUUCUUAAAUGAUGAAGUCAUUUCCAAAGACGACCUGGGAGAUAUUAAACUGGUUGAUACUCCAGAUUGGAUUUCAAUAAGCGAUAACUACACUUUGGAAGGAACUCUUCCAUCGAAUGAGAGUGAUUAUGACUUUCAACUCUCGAUUUAUGACAAGUAUAUGGAUGUGGUGUACCUGAACUUUGUUAUUGAAUCAACUCAGAAUUUAUUUGCCAUAUCAUCAUUUCCUAGCGUUAACGUAACCAGAGGCGAAUGGUUCCAAUACGCAUUAUUGCCUUCCCAAUUCACAUCUUUUGAUGAAACAACGGUGUCUGCUAACUACAGUUCUCAAGCUAAUUGGUUGCGUUUCCAGUCAUCGAACUUGACAUUCUAUGGAGAAGUCCCCGAUGAUUUCGAUGAUUUAAGUAUUGAUAUUGUCGCCUCACUUGGCUCCAAAAUGGAUAGUUUAGUAUUGAAAAUGGUCGGAAUCGACGCUAAAAAUAGCACCAAGACCCAAACUUCUUCAUCUGCUUCACAUACUGCCACUUCGAAAUCAACAGCGUCCUCAACGUCAACAUCAUCUACAAGUCAAAGUAGCUCUUCUGCAUUACUUCCUAAUAAUAAAAAAAGCAAAAGCACCAACAUUGUGGCUAUUGUUUGUGGCGUUGUAAUCCCAAUUGUUGUGCUUCUAAUUCUUUUGAUCAUAUUUCUGUUAUGGAGAAGGAGACGUAACGAAAAGAAAGAAAACGAUAAGGAAAAAAUGGCUAUCAGUGGCCCUGAUCCAAAAAAUCCUGCUAACGAUCCAAAUGCCUGUGGAGAUGUCAACCCAUUCUCAGAUGAAAAUACUUUGGACUCGGGUGAAGUAUCCACCGAAGCAAAAAGGUUAGCAACCUUAAAUGCUAUGAAGCUGGACGAUGUCAGUAAUUCAUCGACCAUGACAUCGUUAGAUGAAAAAGUAUCCGCCGACUCAGUUUACCAGGACGCAGAAAUGGCAAAUAGCAGGGACAUGCUUCUUCAGAGGGAUGACGAAUCUUCUGUAUUUGAUGAUAAAUACAGAUCAUCCUCGGUUUAUUUCCAAAAUGCUCCAAGUCAGCGUAAAUCAUGGCGUUUUUCAAAAAACAAGAUUCAACCUGAUGACAGAACUAUGAGACAGAGUUACGCAUCAUUGAACACAGUCAGCACACAAGAGCUUCUGAAUAGUGAACUUAAGAACGAUAGCACCUUACCACAUGAUCCACGGAAGUCAAGCUUAGGUCUGCGUGAUUCAGUGUUUUGGAACAAGGACACGAAUUCUUCUUCUCCUUUAAAACCCGUCUCUGAAAAUGACAUAACCGAAUCUGCUGCAAGAACGGAUUCGCAGUCGCCACACAGCUCUAUGUCAUCAGAUGGAUUAAUACCAAUGAAACAACAGGAUGGUCAAUACAAAUGGGUUACUAACGAUCAACCUGUACGAAAAAAGAGUACUAAACGGGUGGGUUCAGUUCGUGAGCAAGCUGGUGUCAAUGUCUCCAAUGUGAAUAAUUUUACUGGCGAAUCUCCUGAAAGAAUGUGA